UUUUUCACGGUAAAACAAUUUUUUUCGCACAAUUUAUCCCUAUCUUGUUGCUUCCCAUCUUUUAUUGAGCAUUUGCAAUUCUAGUUUCUCUUUAUGAAGCACUUGUAUUUAUGAGUGACUGCACAAGGCAACUGUGUUAUGGAGUAGUACUAUAUGAAUAUAGAUAUAGAUUGCAAAAUUGACUGGCCAGCCUCUUUGCUGCACUUACAUAUUGUUAUGUUUUACAUUGAUACCUACGUUGGAUUAGGCAAACUGAAUUAGACAAAAAAAAAUAUAAGGCAAUUAAAGAAUGGUAGAUAUCUAUAUAUGUAUUUUUUUGGAGGGGUCUUCUGCUUGAAGCUGCUGUUCUUUGAGCACCCAAGAAUUGUUUUUUUUUUUUGGGCUGUGGAGGUUUUGCUCUGAAGAAUUAGGCCUUGAUGGAGAGAGAGAGAACGGCAUUUCGAAGCCGAAGAUGGAAGAUUAUGAAGCCAUUGAGCAGAUUGGGAAGGGUGCUUUUGGAGCUGCAUUUCUUGUGCUGCAUAAAACUGAGAAUCAGCAAUGGAAUUAAUUGCAAAACUAAGCCAUCCAUACAUAGUUGAGUGCAAAGAUGCUUGGGUGGAAAAAGGGAAUAUCUGCAUCCUGACCAAUUAUUGUGAAUCAGGAAAUAUAUCUGAUGUAAUGAGCAAGGCAAGAAAGGCAUAUUUCCCGGAGGAGAAAAUUUGCAAUUGGAUGAUUCAGUUGUUAUUAGCUAUCGACUAUCUUCAUUCCAAUCGUGUCCUUCACAGGAACCUCAAGUUAUCAAACAUAUUUGUGACAAAGGACAAUACCAUUUGUCUUGGUGAUUUUGGAUUAGGUAAACUUCUGAAUUUGGAAAGCGUAGCCUCAUCGGUUGUUGGAACCCCAAACUAUAUGUGUCCCGAGCUUCUUGCCAAUACACCGUAUGGCUAUAAAUCAGACAUAUGGUCUCUAGGUUGCUGUAUGUUUGAGAUUGCUGCACACCAACAAGCAUUCAAAGCACCUGCCGCAGAGCUGUUAAGACACCCACAUUUGCAGCCGUUUCUCCUUCGCUGUCAGAACCUGUCUACUGUUUUCCUCCCUGUGAAGUCUCCGUCACCCGAUGCUGCAAACGGGAGAUCAAAUAGGUUAUCACCCUGUAGCUCCGAGGGUCGGAAAAGCCACCAAGAAAGAGAGGUGAAGCUGAAACAGAGGGAUCUGCUUCUUUUGUUCACAGGGAGUAUUAAUACGCAGCAUCCGACUUUACUAGAUGAUGAUGCCUUGAUCGAAGAUCUACUUGAGACCAAGAGGGUCGAUCCAACGAGCUACUCGGGAAAGAUGUCUCACGACAGCGAGGACUCAAAGAGCGGGGACACGAGCGAGAUGACUGAUCAUGACAAUCAUAAGUCUUCAUCGCAUCAAGAGAGCAUCUACAUGAUGGACGCUUUGGUAAGACUGGCAAACGCGUUGCGUGAGGAGCCAGAGGAAUAUGCUCUCAGAAAGAAUACGAAGUUACGGAGAAAGAGGGAGUGCGAAAACGAAGGUGGGGAUAUCUUCUACUGAUGAAAAUGGCCCCUCAACCGAUGAAAAGGUAAGAUCUAAAGCUGAAGAAGAAUCAAGAAGCUCAUCCCAUGUAGACGAAAGCAUAAGUGAGUCGUCCAAUAAGGAUCGCAUGGAGAGCAAAGAUGAUGUCGUAGUUGAAUCGAGGCAAACAGAGAAAGAUACGAAAGUCGGGCUGUUGUUGAAUAGCCAUGAAGAUAAAGUUGAUGAGGAUGCCCUGAAGAUCAGAGAUGAUCUCUGGACUACACCAAGAGCAACGAAGAAAGCCACGGGUGACAAUCUACUCCUGAGCACGCGGACUGCAGCGAGCAGCGAUGUUGUCGAAAGCAAGCAUGAAAAUCCAGGUGAACACAGAGCUCAUGCUUUAGAAUCACUCCUUGAACUGUGUGCACGUUUGCUCAAAGAGCAUAAGUUCGAUGAGCUCGCGGGCGUGCUAAAGGCCUUCGGGGAAGACGCUGUCUCUUCACGAGAGACAGCGAUCUGGCUCACCAAAAGCUUAAUGAAGGCUCAGAAUCAGGCUGAGAACUCCUAGUGAUUUAUUAGUGUUCAAUUUCUAGUGAUUUAUUUAUUGUAAAGGUCAAGUUUGUGCUUUUUUGUGGGGUGUGUGUAUAAUUUGUUAGCUAAAAGCGAGUGUGAUUGAGUUUUAAGGAUGAAUCUGUAGAGGAAACUAAAGUUAGUUUGAUUUUGCCUUUUCUCCCUAAAUGGUGUUUAGUGUAUUGAAAUAAGAAACUAUCCAAAAUAUUGUAAUCUUUUUUACUUUUUAAUUCAAGCUUGAGGAUGAUGACAA